UUUUAUAGCGCCUUUUAAGCAGCUUCUCGAGGCACUUUACAUAAAACCAAUAUAAUCUGGUAAAACUAUCAAGAAAAAGCUAACCUAAAAAAAAUGUUUUUAGGUACGAUUUAAAUAUGUUUAAAGCCUCAGCAUCUCUGAUAUAGGAAGGAAGCACAUUCCAUUGUCUGGGAGCAUAGUGUGAGAAAGCCCCGUCACUUACAGAUCGCAAAUGUAUCAGUGUAACAGCCAAAAAAAGACCAGCCUGAGCAAGACCUAAGAGAUACAGUUGCUUUGCUUGUAGCUUUUUACUUCGCUUUUCUCGCAACGCGUUCUGUUUGUCCAAACCGGGCACUGUUGUUCAUGCGUCAGUGGAGUUUAAGAUGGCGGCCACCUUGACAAAAGCACUUCCAGGUUUGCUUAGACCUCUGUCGGUGUUGGGAAGAGACUGUCUCACUAAAGCUGUCAAAGUCACAUAUCAGAGCCCUCGCUUCUCAACUCUAGUGCAGAAACACGUGUUUAGACCACUGCCUCUUCAUAACACUGUCCAACAGACUGCUCUACUGGAUCGUGUAACCUCGCUCAUCCCUUCCCUCAAGCUCCAGCCAUGUAGAAACUUAACAUACUACAGUAUUAAAAAAGGCUAAAGGAAGUCUGUGAAGUCUGUUGUACAAAGGUUUCUAAGGCUACACUGUGGCCUGUGGGUGAGGAGAAAGGCUGGAUACAAGAAAAAGCUGUGGAAAAAGUCAGCAGCCAGAAAGAAGCGUCUGAGAGAACAUGUAUUCUGUAAUAAAACUCAAUGUAAACUGUUGGAUAAAAUGACUACGUCCUUCUGGAAAAGAAGAAACUGGUACCUCAAUGAUCCCUACCAGAAGUACCAUGACAGAGUUAACCUAAAAGUGUGAAACACAUCAAUGACAAAUAGACAAUAUAUAAUUAUCAUAUCCACAUUUCUGUUCUACAUUAAACAAAUGUGUUUUGUGUGCUAUUUAAUUAACAAUUUACUAUACACUGUCUAACAAUAAAUAAAGCUUUCAAGACAUUAGAGAUGUGUUUCUUAC